GUAUCAUCACUGACUAUCUCAUAUAUUACAUGAAUCAUAUUGAUACUGUUUGAUAAGAUUCCUCGAAUAAAAAAAAAGUUUUACGUUCAGGCGUGGCGGAAUAGCAUAUAGUUUUAUUUGUUGUGGGUGUAAUUAUAGUGAUCUCUAAUAAUGGCUGAUACAUCUAUGGAGUUGACAAAUUUAAAUGAAGAUAGAUGGAGGGAAGUUUUUCAAACAUACGAUGUAAAUAAUGAUGGGAGGAUCAACAUAAGAGAGUUAAGGGACAUGAUAAGGAGUACUGCCUAUGAACAAGGAAUACCAAGACAUGUAAUUAGGGCUAUACACAAGAGUGCUGAUGUGAAUAUGGACGGUGAAUUGGAUUUUCAAGAAUUUCUUUACAUGGUCAAUAAUCCAGAUAAUGAGUUAUUCUUCACUAAAGUCCAAGAGAAGUAUUCGCAGUAUGUGAAAUUUCUGGUGCCGAAGCGGCGGAGGGUUUUGGAGGAAACUACCGUUGAUGGCCGAUAUGAGGAUCAGUACAAGUGCUGUCCACCACCAGUUAUAAUGAUACUGAUUUCUUUGAUAGAGAUUAUACUGUUUGGAACUGAUUUGGCUUUAGGUAAUGAUUCAAAUGAAAUAACAGGUCCUGUAGCUAAUGCUUUGCUCUAUGACCCACACCAAAGGAAGGAAUUUUGGAGAUUCCUUACUUACAUGUUUGUGCACAUCGGCAAAUACCAUUUGAUUGUGAAUAUCUUGGUGCAAAUUGUUUUGGGUGUACCAUUGGAGAUGGUGCACAAUGGAUUACGCGUUGCCGUGGUUUACUUGGCUGGGGUGAUUGCUGGCAGUUUGGGCACAUCCAUCACAGAUCCGACUGUGCGAUUGGCUGGAGCCAGCGGAGGCGUUUAUUCCUUGAUAACGGCCCAUCUAGCUUCAAUCAUUAUGAAUUGGAGCGAGAUGACCUAUCCCAUUAUCCAAUUGAUAAUAUUCAUCGUGCUGAUGGGCAGCGACGUGGGCACUGCCAUCUACAACCGAUACGUGCUGAACGCCAACGAGUCCAUCGGUUACGCUGCUCACUUCUUCGGCGCUCUGGCCGGUCUCCUGGUAGGCAUCUUCGUGCUGCGCAACAUCGAAGUCACCAGGCCGGAGAAGAUCAUCCGGGCUAUAGCAAUCGUAGUCUUCGUCGUUCUCAUGGGUUCAGGCAUUAUUAUCAACAUCUUCUAUCAGGAUUACUUUCCCGUCCAGAGGCUUUAACACAAAAGAAGAGUCGUAUUUUGACAUUGUUACUAGAAUAAUAUUAAAGUACGAAAUAAAUCAAUAAAUACCUUAUUUGACAACGACAAAUUCUUUAUACGAACACAUUAUUG